GGAGAGGGGUAGCGUUGGAUCGGGGUUAGCGAGAGAUUAAGCACAUGGAGAGGACGCUAAAGCCGCUACGUAAUCCUCACGGUGGAUACAAAACCAGAGCCACAACAAGUCGCACAUUUUGAACACUGUGCUUGCUGUGACAAAGUGAAGACGACACCGGAGAUCAGCAUCUUCUGAUUUUUGGGUCGUUUUGGAAGGUUUCUUUUCCCACCUUCAUCAUCAUCUUCACAAAGGGGAACCAUGAAAAAGGGAAAGCAGGUCAACAUUCACAAUGAACCACCAACUUAUCAGGAAGCCACUGCAGGCUAUGAGGAGAUGCAGGCCCAGUUUUCCUGGGAUGACCAGACCAUCAGGCAGACUUUCAUCAGGAAGGUCUAUGCCAUCCUCAUGGUGCAGCUGUUUGUGACGGUGGCCAUUGUCGCUCUCUUCACAUUUUGCGCUCCUGUCUGCUUCUUCAUUCAGACUCACCCCGGCUUAUACAUGAUAUCUUAUCUCACAUUCUUCGCCACUUACAUCGCUUUGUCCUGCUGUGGAGAUCUGAGGAGACAGGUUCCAUGGAACAUCAUGUUGUUGGUUGUCUUUACUUUGAGCAUGGCUUUCAUGAUGGGAUUCGUGUCGAGCUUUUACAACACCAAGUCUGUGGUUUUGUGCUUGGGAAUCACAGCGCUGGUCUGUUUCACCGUCACCGUCUUCAGCUUCCAGAGCAAGGUUGACGUCACUUCCUGUCAGGGCGUCCUGUUCUCGCUGUGUGUGGUCAUGUUGCUGUGCGCCAUCACCCUGUCCGUGGUCGUGCCCUUCGGAUACGUUCCUUGGUUGCACGCUAUUUACGCUGUUUUAGGAGCCAUCCUCUUCACUCUGUUCCUGGCCUUCGACACUCAGAUGCUGCUGGGGAACAAACGCUACAGCAUCAGCCCAGAAGAGUACGUCUUUGCCACGCUCAGCAUCUACCUGGACAUCAUCUACCUGUUUAGCUUCCUGCUGCAGAUCAUGGGAGGAGGACACGACUGAAGCCUCGCCAUCACAGCUUGGCAUGAGAACUCUUAUUUUAUGGUUUCUACCUUUAUAAGUGUUAGCCGUGUGUGUGUGUGUGUGUGUGUGUGUGUGUAGUAUGCUGGUGUGAUACAUGAAAUGUGUGCUGUAAAAUAAUGAUUGGGAUAUAUAUUUAUAAUUAAAUGGAUUCUUUCUUUGGAUUCACACCCUGA